CGCCAGAGACCCCGGAAGUGGCGGCUUCAGUGUUUUGCUGCUGGCGCUGACUCCGGUCUUGCGAUGGGUUGUGACGGGGGAACGAUCCCCAAGAGGCAUGAACUGGUCAAGGGGCCGAAGAAAGUUGAGAAGGUUGACAAAGAUGCUGAAUUAGUGGCCCAGUGGAACUAUUGUACUCUAAGUCAGGAGAUACUGAGACGACCGGUAGUUGCCUGUGAACUUGGCAGACUUUAUAACAAAGAUGCCGUCAUUGAGUUUCUGUUGGACAAAUCUGCCGAAAAGGCUCUUGGGAAGGCAGCAUCUCACAUUAAAAGCAUUAAGAACGUGACAGAACUAAAGCUUUCUGAUAAUCCUGCCUGGGAAGGAGACAAAGGAAACACGAAAGGCGACAGGCAUGAUGACCUGCAGCGGGCACGAUUCAUCUGCCCCGUGGUGGGCCUGGAGAUGAACGGCCGGCACAGGUUUUGCUUCCUUCGAUGCUGUGGUUGUGUGUUUUCUGAACGUGCCUUGAAAGAGAUAAAAGCGGAAGUUUGCCACACAUGUGGGGCUGCCUUCCAGGAGGAUGAUAUCAUUGUGCUCAAUGGCACCAAGGAGGAUGUGGAAAUGCUGAAGAAAAGGAUGGAGGAGAGAAGACUGCGAGCGAAGCUGGAGAAGAAAACAAAGAAGCCCAAGGCGGCAGAGUCUGUUUCCAAACCAGACGUCAGUGAAGAAUGCCCAGGGCCAUCAAGAGUGAAGACAGGCAAGCCUGAGGAACUGGGCCCUGAUUCUAGAGAGAAGAAAACCAUCUCGGCACCCAGAAGUACAGCAACUAACGGGAAAGCCGGGAAGCCUCCGUGCGGGGCCGCGAAGAGAUCCAUCGCCGACAGCGAGGAGUCCGAGACCUACAAGUCCCUCUUCACCUCUCACAGCUCCGCCAAGCGCUCCAAGGAGGAGUCGGCCCACUGGGUCACCCACACGUCCUACUGCUUCUGAAGCCCAGCCCAGGCUUCUCCCGAGUCCCGGGAUCUUCUGUGGGGUCCUCAGUACCGUGUUCUCGCUGGUGUACUUGGUGUCAUAAAGCUGUCCUCGCCAACCUUUGAGACUGUGCAGUUGGUCUUCCUGUGAGGUGUGGGUUCUGGGGA